AUGAAAAUCAGUACCACCUUCGCAAGCCUCGUGGCUUACUGUGCCAUUGGCAUCCACUCAAUGCCAUCCAGCCCAGAAGCAGCAUCUGAGCUCACCAGCCGCAACGAAAACCACCUACUGGAGAAGCGAAAGUGCUAUAAUGGAAAGAAGGAAUACGGCUGUGAUAGUAAAGGAUGGUGCUGGAAGAAGUGCGGCGGCAGCGGGAACGGAAAUAUCGCCAACAGUGGCCCAUGGUGCUGGGCCAAAUGGAACUAUGGAUGGGGUGAUGGUAACUGGGUCUCUUGUCACUCUGACAACGACUGCAAGAAGGCCUUUGCUGGUGAAGCCGACUGUGCUUGGGGCAACUGUGACGACUGUGGAUGCAGCUGCUGA